AUGCGAUCGUUAAUAUCCUCGGCCCUGACUUGUUUCAGCGCACCGUGCCUUGAGACGUUUCGACUUGGGGCGCUGCUCGCUUGGGAGCGUUUAACGAAUGUCGUGGUGGGCUCCGUCUGCUCGGAGCGGCCGUUUCUCCAGCACGUACUGCUGGCGGUUCCCAAGAAAAAAACGUCGCACUCUCGGAAGCGAAUGCGCGCCAGCGGGAAGGGCUUGCGACCCUAUCCGAACGUGCAACAGUGUCCGAACUGCGGGACAUUCCACCUUCCACAUCGGCUGUGCCCCGGCUGCGGUUUCGCGCCCGUCAAGCGAUCGAACCGCCUCGCAGGCCUGGAGCAGGUGGCUUUUCAGAUGAACCCUUGCUAG